AUGGAGACAGAGAACCAGUCGCCCUUCAACCGGAAGACAUUCCACCUCCCGGAUUGGCCCGAGCAGGAGGCACGCGACGCAGACAUGCGCGCCGCGAUCGUGCGGGGGCUCGAGCGGCUCCGCGAGGGGCGUGCGGUCGGCGCGGGCGAAGUCGGGUGGAGCGCGGGCACCGCGACCCAGCGGGCGGGCGAGCACAAGAACGCGGGGCAACCUGCUUUCGCGUUCUCCGCCCUCGUGUCCUCUGCUCUCGCCCGGCCCACUCUCGCUGCGUGCGAUCUGCGAGCUGAUGCGACCCAGCCUUAA